AUGCUUAUGGCCCGAGACACGGCGCGGGAUGAGGCUCAAAAGCUACACAGGAAGUGGCUGAAGCACCAGGCCUUUAUGGCAGAACUGGCCCGCAAUAAAGAAUGGCUGGCCAAGAUAGAACAGGAGGGUCAGGAGCUGAUCCAGGAGAAGCCGGAGCUACGUUCAGUCGUUCAGCAGAAGCUGGAGGAGAUCCGAGAAUGCUGGUCCGACCUGGAGAACACGACCAAGGCCAAGGCCCGCCAGCUCUUUGAAAACAACAAGCCCGAGCCGGCGGUGAAGAGCUACUCGGACCUCGACAACCAGCUCUCCCACCUGGAGCAGCAACCCCCUCAGCUGGAGCAGGCGCACCAUCUGCCCACCUUCAAUGAGCAGCUCCAGAAAUUCCAGGCUAUGGAGUCUCAGAUAGGGGACUUUUACAAGGAUGUGGGAGAGCUGGGAAGCUUGCAGGGGGUCUGCCUACCCCAGCGAGGGCUGAUGGCAGGUGACAGGGAAGGCGGCGAGCAGUCAGGCAUGGUGGAGACGCGCAUCGUCCGCCUCAUUGAGCCCCUGAAGGAGAGACGCCGCAUCCUGCUGGCUUCCAAAGAGAUGCACCAAGUCGCCCAGGACCUGGAGGAUGAGAUACUGUGGAUUCAGGAGAGGCUUCCUGUGGCCUCCUGUAAGGAUUAUGGGAAUAACCUCCAGAGUGUUCAGCAGCAUGUAAAAAAGAACCAGACUCUCCAGAGGGAGCUGACAGGGCGACGGGCUCGUGUCGAGGAGGUUCUGGACCGGGCGGGGAUUAUCGCUUCGCUGAGGACUCCUGAGGUGGAGUUUGUACGUGAAGGGGCGGGGCAUGUGCGCCAGCUGUGGGAGGUUUUGCAGCUGGAGACGGAGAGGAGGUCUGUGAUGCUGGACGCUGCCCUGCAGUCUCAGCAGUACUACAGUGAGGCAGCUAAGGUGGAAUCCUGGCUGUCGGGUCAAAAGCUGCAUCUUGUCAGUGAAGAGAAAGGCACGGAUGAGUCAAGCACACUGCAGCUGCUGAAGGCCCACCUGGCUCUGGAGCAAACGGUGGAAACAUAUGCAGAGACGGUCGGCAUGUUAUCCCAGCAGUGCCAGCGUCUACUGGAACUGGGACACCCGGAAAGCGAGCAGAUCACCAAGCAGCAGUCCCACAUAGAUCGGCUGUACGUGUCUCUGAAGGACAUGGUGGAGCACAGGAAGACCAAGCUGGAGCAGCAGUACUGGCUCUAUCAGCUCAACAAGGAGGUGGAGGAGUUAGAGAAGUGGAUCACUGAGCGUGAGGUGGUGGCCAGCUCCACCGACCUGGGCCAAGACCUGGAGGAUGUCACGGUGCUUGAGGAGAGGUUCACCAAGUUUGCCUCAGAAACCAACAACAUUGGCCAGCAGCGCAUGGAGCAGGUGAACAAGAUGGUUAACGAGAUGAUCGACUGCGGCCACACGGACGCGGCCACCAUCGCUGAGUGGAAGGACGGACUGAAUGAGUCAUGGGCCGACCUCCUGGAGCUGAUGGAGACACGCAGACAGAUGCUGGCGGCGUCGCACCAGCUGCACAAGUUCUUCACUGACUGCAAAGAGGUCUUGGCUCAGAUUGCAGGGAAGAUGAAGCAGCUGCCAGAGGUGAGGGCGUGCCAAGCCAACAUCACCAAUCCAGCCACCCUGCAGAGACUCAUGCACUCCUUUGAGCAUGCCCUUCAACUGCUAGUCGCACAGGUGAGGCAGCUGCAGGAGAACGCUGCCCAGCUGAGGACCAUCUAUGCUGGUGAGAAGGCUGAGGCCAUCAUGGUCAAAGAGCAGGAAGUGAUGGAGGCGUGGAAGGAGCUGUUGAGCUCUUGUGAGGCCAGUCGCGUCCAGGUCACUUCAGUAACCGACAAGGUGCAGUUCUUCUCAGUGGUGCGUGAAAACUUGAUGUGGAUGGAAGGCAUCAUGGGCCAGAUAGGAUGGGAUGAGCCCAGGGAUUUGACGGCUUUAGAGGGGAUGAUGAAACAACACCAAGAGCUGAAAGCCAAAGUAGACGGCCGCAGCAAGACCAUACAGCAGUGUGCAGAUCUCGGCAAGAUCCUGAUAGCUGCAGGCAACCCUGCAUCCGAGGAGAUAAAAGAGAAGUUGGACAGCCUUCUGUCUAAGCAGAAGGAUCUUGUUGAAAAAUGGGACAAACACCAGGAAAAGUUACAGCGCAAGCAGGAAAAGUUCCAGUUUGCCCAGGAGACGGUGAAGGCGGAAGCCUGGCUGAAAGCCAAGGAGCCACUGAUCACCUCCAGGGAGCCUGAAGGAGGAGAAGCCCAGGCCCAAACAGACGAGGCUGAGCAGCUCAUCCUUCGCCACGAGGCCUUCCGCAAGGCUGCUGUAACCUGGAAAGAACGCUUCAGCUCCCUCCGCCAGCUUUCCGCAGCUGAGAAGAAAAAAGAGGAGGAGAAAAAGACAACCCCACUCUCCAGCCGAAGGAUGUUCCCAUUAUCUUGUCUGACUCCAAACGUUCCCUCAACCAGUGCUACCUCAUCUUUCUUGAGGCAAACAGUACAGGCACAUAUAGAACCCAAAUCCCUACAGACCAGUCUGGAUCUAGGUGCCACCCCUGCAACCCAGAGAUUGUCCUCAACGCUAGGAAGCUACAACCCAGUCAUAAACGGAUCAGGCUACCACGGACUGGAGCAGCAGUGCAGCGGGAAGUUGGUGACCUCCUCGUACCUCGGGAUGAACCACCAGGCAGCCGGAGGUGGGAGUGACUCCGGUUUCUCGGUGUUGACCUCGCAGAGUGGUGGAGCAGACACUUCUACCUACCUUGGGAUAAACCAUCAAACUGUUGGCAGUGCAGAAAGCUCUGGGUACUUUGGAAUGACUGCUGCGUGUGUAAGUGGUAUGCAAAACCAUUAUAGCAGUGGCAGAUUAGGAAGUUCGGGUAACCUAGCUCAGCAGCCAAGCAGCGGAGGUAUGGGAAGUCCUGGCUUUCUCCCUCAACAGAAUAUGGGUAGUUCCGGAUAUUUGGCCCAACCACAAAAUGUGGGAAGUCCUGGAUAUUUGGGACAACAGCCUAAUUUAGGGAGUUCAGGAUAUUUGGCACAACAGCCUAAUAUGGGGAGUUCUGGGUAUUUGGCACAACAGCCUAAUAUGGGGAGUUCUGGGUUUUUGGCACAACAGCCUAAUAUGGGGAGUUCUGGAUUCCUAGCGCAGAAUUAUCAGAGCAGCGGGGGAUUGGGUAGCUCAGGCUUUCUGGCACAAAAUCAUUACAGCAGUGGAAGUCUGGGCAGUUCUGGUUACUUAGCUCAGAGUGGUGGCAUCAUGGACCCUAAGAUGGCGUAUGCAUGGCAGCACCUAAAAGCUGACUUCAUGCAGCCCAGGAUCAACCACAUUCACAAGGCAGUAAACCCCCUCCUAGAAGCCAGCAGAGUGCAGCGGGAACAGUUCGGGGACAUCCCAAUGGCAGAUAUGAUGGGGCCAGAGUCCGGGCUGGAGCUCCUCCACGGCCGUCUCCAGAGGGAUCCCCGUGGCAGCCGCUCUGACCCUCAGAUGGACCAUCUGAGGCGAGAGAGGGAGUACAAGCUGGGCAGACAGACCUCCAGCGAACAGGAGAUCCAGGCCAGGCUGAACGAGCUGCCAAUGAUUGUGCGUCAGGAGCGCUACCGGAGGCGUCUGGAGAGGCAGUCGUCCAGUGAACAGGAGGGCAGCGGCAAGCAGAGGCUGCAGAGGCAGGAUUCAAGUGACCUGGAGGGCUCCAUUAAGGAGGGUUCUGACAAACGCUCAGGGGAGAAGAGAUCUACCAUGGCAGAGAUUGUAGAACAGGUCCAGGAGAGAGAGGCAGCACAUGCACGAGGAGAGCCUUACCGGCCUCCAAGCAGCCUCUCAGCACCAGUGACUCGUUUUGACGGCCGUCCUCGUGCCCGAGACCGUCCAAAACCAAGGAGGAGGCCACGUCCAAAAGAGCCUGAGGAGACACGACGUUCUCGCUCAGCCCCAGCAACUGGAGCGCCAACAACACCCCAGCCGCCUUCACACACUGCCCAUAACGAAGGCUCCCUCUACCGCAAAAAGGCCACCAGCUCUGACCUAGAAGCUCAGCAGAGGAGCCCCAACAGUAAGUCCUGGGUGAAUGUAUACUGUGUGCUGAAAGAGGGAAUGCUGACCUUCUACAAGGAUGCGAGGAACCACAACACCACGUACAACGGAGAGCCUCCCGUCGACCUUAGUAACUGCACAUUUGAUCCUUCGAUGGGAUACAAGAAGAAGAAAAAUGUUUUCAUUCUAAAACUAAACGACGGAAACAACUUUGUAUUCCAUGCAAAAGAUGAGGAGGACCUGAAGGCCUGGACUUCAAAUAUUACCACCUGUAUAACUGAGCAUGAGGCCAUGGCCAAGUGGGACAAGCCUGGCACCUCGUCCAUGGACCCUGACCGCUCGGAGAGGAAGGAGAAGUCGGAGGGGGACGCGGACGCCAGGUCAGAGAGGUCUGAGCUCGUCGAAGGGGAGGAGAGGUCUGAGAAGGAGAGGUCAGAGAAAGGGGAUGGCUCUGAGAAGUUAGACACAUCAGAAAUCGCCGACAAGAUCGAGGGCGGGGCGGGGGGCUCCAGCACGUCUGGAAAAAGCAAAUGAGGAGCCCCCUUUGUGUUUUAAUGUUACUCACAGACAAAAGGCGUAGGAGGCGGUGGGUGGGAGGGAUGGAUGGA